AUGUACAACAACUUUAACAAAUGCAAUUUUCCUACCACUAAUGUCUCCAGGAGUCCAGAAAACCAGAGCACUGAAGCUGCCACAUUUAUUCUCUUGGGCUUCUCAGAAUAUCCAGACCUCCAGGUGCCCCUGUUCCUGUUAUUCUUAAUCAUCUAUCUAAUUACUGUGUUAGGGAAUUUGGGCAUGAUUUUCAUCAUCAAGAUUAAUCCCAAAUUCAACAACCCAAUGUACUACUUCCUCAGCCAUUUAUCCUUCGUUGAUUUCUGCUACUCUUCAGCUGUUACUCCCAAGCUAUUAGAAAACUUGAUUGUGGAAGACAGAACAAUCGCCUUCGCAGGAUGCAUUUUUCAAUUCCUUUUUGCAUGUGUAUUUGUGGUGACAGAAACCUAUUUGUUGGCUGUGAUGGCCUAUGAUAGAUUUGUGGCUGUUUGUAACCCCCUGCUCUACACAACGGCAAUGUCCCACAAGCUUUGUGCCCUUUUGGUGGCUGCAUCAUAUUCUUGGGGUAUACUUGGUUCCCUGACUAUUGCUUGCUUUCUAGUGAGCUUAUCUUACAAAGGAAAAAACAUCAUAAACAACUUUGUUUGUGAAUAUUCUGCUAUUGUAUCGGUUUCUUAUUCUGAUCCCUACAUUAUCCAGGAGAUCACUUUUGUGUUUGCUGUUUUCAAUGAAGCAGCAAGUCUGAUGAUCAUUCUUCCAUCAUAUGCUUUUAUUUUCAUCACAGUCUUGAAGAUGCCUUCCACAGGGGGGAGGCAGAAAGCCUUCUCCACCUGUGCCUCCCAUCUGACUGCCAUUGCCAUCUUCCAUGGGACCAUCCUUUUUAUCUAUUGUGUUCCUAAUUCCAAAGAUUCAUGGCUCCUUAUCAAGGUGGCCUCUGUCUUUUACACAGUGGUCAUUCCCAUGCUGAACCCACUGAUUUACAGCCUCAGGAACAAAGAUGUGAAAGAAACUCUCAGAAAGUUAUUCUCUACUAAAUUGUACUGUGAUAAAAUAUAA